AAAAGGUCAAAGAUUUUAAAGCAACAACAAAAACACGCCGGCGGGAGAAAUGAGAGAGACCCGGCCAGACGGGAAACUUUUAUUAGCGGCGAUUGAAGCGAGGAAUUAUGAUGCGCGCCCGGGAUGUGGGCCGUCUAAUAAGUUGCUGGUGUGGCCGGGCGUGUUCCCCCCGAGUUGCUGAGGAAGGAAUCGGGCAUUUCUACCCAAACAAACGCCUCCAAGACUGAUCCACUUGUGACCAUGUGGAGUUUUCAGCAGUGGACCUCCUUUCCCAGGCUCAUGUGACAGAAGUGCUAUUUUGGACAGUUUCAAAGACCAACGCACCCUUUACUGAACAGUUUGAUGGAGAAACGGUCGGAUGACAGCAGGAACUGUUGUAAUCACUGGUGGAAUAUUAGCAACAGUAAUCUUAUUGUGUAUCAUUGCUGUUCUCUGCUAUUGUAGGCUACAGUAUUACUGUUGUAAGAAAGAUGAAUCUGAGGAAGAGGAAGAGGAGGAGGAGGAGGAGGAGGAGGAAGAGGAGGAGGAGCCUGACCUUCCUCCACAUUCACACUAUGUCAUGUGCAACGCGUGCAACUCUCGUAUCAUGGACGGACAGGGCAACACCUCCUUUCCAUCCCAUGAGCUUAAGAAGCAGGGCCAUCGGAACUAUUGCCCAACCUGCUCCCCCUAUAGCUCCCCUUUUUACAUACAGACUGCUGACCUGGUGCGGAAUGGGGGUGAAAGGAUCACUUAUACACCAACGUGCUGCAAGGAAAUGGGGCUGCCCAUCAAAAUGGCAGCGCUCCAGAGUUAUCCGGUGACCCACCAUUGCAUAAUACAUGAGACUUUUCCAAAUUCGAGGGCUUUUAGUACAGAAGUAUGAGAACUAUCACAGAGUGUGUUGGUGUGAUUCUCUUUGGGUGGUGGGGACUUCAAUUUUGCCAGUUUACUUUUGGCAAAAAAGGAACAUGUAUCCAAGCCUCACCAUUGUUCAUGAUCACUGCAGUAAGGCUUUUUAAAAAAAGAGGAAGAGAAGUCACAUGAUAACUAAGGAGCUGAACCUGGCCAUAUUUGAACUUGCAACUAAUGUUGUAUCCAGUGAUGGAUCCUGUCUCAGGAGGGCUAUGUACAGUAAAAACUAACCUGCAAAACUCCUGCAAUUGCACUGGACUAUUUCACUCCCACAAACGUAUUUUGUGUCUACACUUAGCAAGUCCUAUUUAUAUCUCUCUCCAAGCAAUAUCCACUGAUCUCCUUGUACAAGUAGUGUGAGCACAUACACUAAUUUACUCAAUACACCAUUUCUUAGGAACUGUCAUCCACAGCAGUGCUUGCUGGCAUUAGUGAGAAAAAUGUAGAAUCACUUCUAGUGCUUCUGUUCAGUGGAAGUUGAGAACAGGGAAAUGAAGGACUGGAAUGGGCUGGUAUCAUUAUAUAAUUAUUGCAAGCAGAAUAUUAUUUGUACUAGAAUGUGAAAUAGGGUGAACAUUUUCUGCUUACUACACAUGCACCCAGAAGCACAUGUAUAUAUAAAAGAUAAAGGAAAGGAAAAAGAAAAUGGGAGGUGAGGAAUUCAUGAGAUUGCCAACUUUUUUCAAGAGUUGGUGCCUCUUCUAUUACAAAAAGAUCCUGGUCUCUCAAAUUCCUUAAUAUUCACAAGCUUUUCUAAGAGUUACAUUCUAAUGGUUUAAAAACUGCACCUCUAAAGAGCUAGAAUUUUGCUAGGUCUCUCACCUGCUUUCCAAGUAUUUGAAGCUCAUAUAUGGAACUGCCUACUGACAAAUGUUAUGGUAAAACUGCAUAAGGCAUUAUUUCUAUAACUACACUUUGAUAUGAAAGCUGUAGGCCAACAAGAGGAGGAAAGGCCAGAGCUGAAGUGUUCAGAGUCAAUGAGAAGUUUGGUGGUUUUAUUGCAGGGUAAGAAGGUUUCAGAACUGGAGAGAAAAAUGUACUGUGCUGCUUUGUGAAAUUGUCUUGUAAUUUCUGCAAUAUUACCCUUUGUUGUAUGUCUACUGAUAUUCAUGUGUCUGAAUUACUCAAAGUUUGAUCCUCCAAGGAGAUUGGUCAGUAGUCAUUGGCACCAGCAUUGCACAGAGUGUCUUGUUUUGUCAAAUUCUCAAGCAUUUUGGCCAAUACAGUUGAAUAAGCACAAUGGGCCACUCCUUCACAUAGCUCUUAAAUAUGGAUUGAGACUCACACAGUCCUAAAUAUAUAAUUUUCUGCCAAUGGGACAUUUAUGAAAACAUAACACCUAAAAUGGUCACAAUCCCAAGAAAACCAAGUAUGCCUGUGACUGAUGGAAAUCAGUGUAUAAAGCUUGAGUUUAUGAAGCUUGUCUUUACCUGGAUCACAUCCUUUCUGUGUAAUACUAGCUCUUCUCAAGCUGCAGUUGUAUGAAAAGUGGCCUCAAGAGCA